GGUAAAACCGGGGCUGGGAACUUUUUCAUCGUUUGAGGAAUGGGAGGAAUGGAGGCAGAAGCGUUUUAUAGUGCGCUUGCUACUCCUACCCGAAAGAACAAUUCUUGCACAACAUUUCUGACGUUACUAGACUUCAGUUGACGUUCUUUUUUCAGAUGAGCCACCCUACAAUUUAGAGUUAGUUGGCUGGUUUGAUUUUAACCCUGCAGAGCAGGUAAAACGCUAGAGGGAUAGAAAUGACCUCUUCCCAAGUUUAUGUCCCCAGUUAUUUUAAAAUGCAGUACUGGUUAUUAUUGCAGAAGCUUUUGGUACUUUAACUUAACAUUAUGAUUUAUGCUUACACAAUUAUGUUUAAUCAAUGUUUCAUAGGUUUCUCAGUGUUUUAUUAUAUGCCUGUGUGCAUUAUAAAGUUAAGAAAAUGACCAAAAUGAAAUAUAAGGAUUAACGAUCCCAGAGGCCUCUUGAUUUGAUAAGAAUAUGUUUCUGCCAAAAGUUUAUAAGCGAAUAAGAGUGUUUAGUAGUAACUAUUCCAGGAUAUAAGACAUAGAGUAUUUAUUGACUUUGCAUAUAGUCAGUGAAUUUAUUUACUUUCUCUGUGUAAUUUUAUAUACUUUGGAGAGGUGUUGUGCACAUUAACACUUAAGUAUUUAGUGUUGUGGGGAUAACAAAACUUUAUAUAAAGGAUUUAAAUUUUUAUUCUUGGGGGUAAGGGGGUGGUCAGGUCUUCUAUUCCAGAGAGAACUCUGAUUUUGUCACCUGUCUACCAAAACAUAUUCUUAGUUUUAAGCUUUCAUCUGGAAGUUUAGCCAAUUCCAUUGUGUACACCUGUCCCAUUUCGGUUAUGCUUCCAAAAAGGCAGAUUUUUUGUAAAGACAGCAUGUAGACCUGCAGUUCUAAUUAACCUUUAGUCUUAUUUGUAGUGAAACUGAAUUUUUUUCUAAAAUAGGUAGAAGGAUGAUUUCACCUAAUGAUAAGAUAUUGAUAAUCUAGCUUUAAUUUCUACUAGCAGAAAUAGAAAAUGAACUGAUUUUAAAAGAAACACAUUAAAAUAACUGAUAGUAAAACUAUUGAAAGAGCUGAUACUACAGAAACACAUUUUUGUCUUACUGAACCCGUUAUGGGUUGUCUUACCACGUUGGUGAGGUUAAUGAUUUGUUUGUAAGGUCAAGGAUGGUUUCAGAAAAGUCACACCCUAUUUAACUCUUCUUAAAAAUUAUUGAUGAUUACAUUUUAUGAGUUGCAAAUGAAAAAGUAAGAUUAUUUUGAAGUAAACUCUAAAAUGAGCAUGUAUGCACAGCUAAGCAUUUUGUUUUCAUCAUAUGUGUUAUUAAAUCAUUUUAUUUCUGCUCAGCAUUCUUAUACUUGAGAGAUGUUUUGGUCCUCUCCUUUAGUGUUUUUAGAGUUAUCUUUGAGACUAGUGGUUGCAAAAUAUUUUCAUUAGUCUCAAUGGAUCUUUUAAAAAUUGCUAUCCCCCCCAGCCAGGUGGUUUUCAUUAUUGGUUUCUUCUCAAAUAGCCACUCUGAUAAGUACUACCUGUUUCCAUUUUUGUGUGUGUUUUGAGAGCUAGAAUUAGAACCCAUAACUUCUACUCUAUCGAUUUUCUUUGCCUAAAAUUUAUCAUUUUUCAUAAUAUAAUCUUUAAUGAUUAGCGGGAUUCAUUUACCAAAAUUCACAAGGACUAUGUGCUGACCUUCACAUUUAUAGCCUAAUGAUUUGGAAGUGAUAGAUUUUGUGAAAUUUCUUCUUAUUGCUAUUUUGUUACUAGAUCUAUGCUGAAGCCUGAGUUUUAUGGCUUUUUUGUAUGUAGGGAUUUUGUGCGGGCUUAAACAUUUCCAUGUGGAGCUUUCUGUAGUUUUGGGAAAAUCACUCCUUUCUCUGGGUUCCCAGUGCCAUUCAGGUUUAUUGUUAUAUCAGAUUUAUGUAUUCCCAUGUCUGUCUUUCCCUCUCACCUAGCUUCAAGCUUUACUUUUUGUAUUCGCCCCAGUGCAUGUACAGUGCUGGGGCAUGAUAAGACUUGAAAUGUUAUUGAAUGACUGAAUGAGGAAAUGAAUAAUUAAAUGGCUGAGUGGAUUCACCCAAACAGAUACUCCUCAGACUUGUAUUAGAACCCAUUAUGCAAGCAGAGGAUCCUCCCUCCCUCCUUCCCUCCCUUCCUUCCUUAAGUCAUUGCCUUUCCCUUGUUAUAUAUUACUUUUGAGUAGGACAACAGGGUAAUUGCCAGACUGGGACACUUUUGAGCCAUAAAGAGGGUGCUGUAAGUAAUUAUGCUAGGGCACUGGUGGCUUUGACCUGAGACCUGUGGCCACUCUUCUUUUGAAGGACAUUCUUCUUGAUUUACCUCUGAUGAUAUCUAUCAUCUUGCCUGAGAAAUGUGACACACUUGCUAGUUGAUGUUUGCAAACUUUUCUAUUUGUAGAAGCCUCAUUUGCAGUCAAAUGUUGGGCGUCUUUUGCUUAAUCACUCAUGGUUUCCCUAUCCAGAGGCCGGUGGGCAGCACUUGACCAUGCUUAAUUUUUCCUAUUUUCCCUGGUUGUAGGAUAGUAUCACAGGGCUUUCUGUUUGUGUCAGCUGCUUAUAGCUGAAAGCGUUACAUACUGCAGUCUGCUCUGUUUGUUUUUUCUAUGCAGCAUUUAGUCUGUCUUGUAAGAAUUCCACGUGAGUUGUUUCCCUUCCUGCCGAUUGUUUUUGAGAGGAGACCCGUUGAUAUCUUGCCAAGCCUUCAUGUUCAAAACAUUGGCCAGAAUCAAGUGCAAGAGUUUUUAUCAAUUUUUAAAAUAUUCUAAAAAUGUUAUUUCAAAAGUAUAUUUUGGGAACUUUCAUAUUACAACGUUUGUUUCUAAUGGGAGAGGGGUCACUAUAAUGUUUUAUUGGAUUUUUUUUAUAGGCAAUCUCUUAAAGAAGGAAUAUUCUUUCAGUAGUUUCUGGCCUUGUUCUUUUAAUUUUUUUUCUCUUUUUCACUAUCUUCUUCAUUGUCUUCUUAGUACCUGUGCAUGGAUAGCAGGCGAUUACGAAACAGUAAGCAGAGUCAGAAAUGAGUAAAAACUGAGAAAUGAAACAGAGCUCCUGCACCUUGGUUUUGCCCUCUGUGGCUCUCUCGGACUCUGUUUAUAUUCUAUUUUUGGCUUGGCACUGGCAUAAUAGGGAUAAUCAGUUACUACGCUUUGUUUACUAUGAAAUUACUGACCAUUUCCUAAACUUCCACAUCAGCUCCAUUGCAAGAGUUAGAUAAUUGCUCUAAGGCUUCUGUACUUUCAAAUCUGGAAUGAACUUGCCUAUCUAAAGCCAUGUCAGUGGGUUUUGGAGUCAGAUGGUUUGGGGCUCAGAUUCCUGCUCUGACUCUCAGUAUUACUCGAUCAAAUACUUUUCAGUGGGGAUAUUUUCCUCAUGGAGUAGUAGUUAAGAUUAAAUGGAGUAUAGCAUUUACCAUGUAGAAGGUGCUCAAAAUGUUAGUUUCCUUUUAUAUCUCUUCCCUAUUAAAAAUUUGUUUACUUAAAUAAGAAAUCAACUUGAACUUACAUUAGUAUUGGGGAAAUCCUUUGGCAGAAAAAUUACUAUGCCUGUGUUCCCUUGGGAUGCACUGGAUUGUUUUAAAUAGAAAUUUUUAUUGUUAGGUAACCAUUGUUACAUUACAGUUCACUUUAUGUUAAAACCAGAGUCUUCAUUGGUGAGGUAGAACCAAGUCUUAAUUACCUAGGUUUCUUGGUUACCCAAUUUGAAAAUAGUUUGUGGCAAAAGAAAUGAAAGGGAGUGUGUUACCUAAAUCUAAAGUUCCAAAGGCUGAAACACUUUAGUUUCUUGGAAUGACAAUUCUUGGUGCAUGAGCUUUUCCAGUUUCUUAAGCUAUGAAAGCAAAUACCUUUAAUUCAGUGACUGUGCAUUUCCUUUGAAUAAAGCUCUUCUGGGCUGGUAAGGAAAGUAAUAAAGUGACAAACUCCUUCCCCUUUCCCUUGCUGUGUAUUGUCGGGACUGUUGCCACUUCUGGCUCUUUGCACCUAUGUAGGUAAAAUGUGUCCGUGGGGUUCCUUUGAGGCUCCCCUUACCCCAAGGUUCAACACAACAACAGAAAACCCGACAACCAAAGAAACCUUUACAUGUGGAAAGGACCUUGGGAGUUUUCUCUUACACCUUUACCUCCCCAGUAUCUGGAAUAGAGCAGAAAAAUUAUUAUGCCUGUGUUCCCUUGGGACUCAUUGGAAAUUGUACAGUGAUAUCUUCUGGGAUUUAAUCUGGAGUGUGCAGAGUGGUGCCUAAAAUGGAAGUAGAUGUUAAUGGAGAGACCAGAAGUACCCUGAGCACCCUGCCCUUGCCCGUGGCCGAGGUGAGCUCCCCGGGGAAGGCCGAGGCGGAGAAGCCCCGCUGCUCCAGCACACCAUGCUCACCGAUGCGCCGGACAGUCUCAGGCUACCAGAUCCUCCACAUGGACUCUAACUAUUUGGUUGGCUUCACAACUGGUGAGGAACUCCUGAAGUUAGCCCAGAAGUGCACAGGAGGUGAAGAGAGUAAGGGAGAAGCCGUGCCUUCCUUGCGCUCCAAACAGCUGGAUGCGGGACUUGCACGUUCCUCUCGUUUGUAUAAAACCAGAAGUAGGUACUACCAGCCAUACGAGAUUCCAGCUGUCAAUGGCAGGAGGCGAAGGCGGAUGCCCAGCUCAGGAGACAAGUGCACUAAGUCUUUACCUUACGAACCUUAUAAGGCCCUCCACGGGCCUCUGCCUCUUUGUCUUCUUAAAGGUAAGAGGGCUCACUCCAAAUCUCUGGACUACCUCAAUCUAGAUAAAAUGAACAUCAAGGAGCCAGCCGACACAGAAGUGCUACAGUACCAGCUUCAACACCUAACCCUCAGAGGGGACCGUGUGUUUGCUAGGAAUAACACAUGAAUGGCCUGCGGGGCGUGUAGACCAGUUUAGGGCAGCCUGCACUCGGCUAGAAAAACCCACCGUUGUACUCUGUACAGGACUCUCCGCAUUAUAGAUGGUUAUAUCAGCUAAGUGUUCCAGGAACAUAAAAAUAGUUUGGAUCAAAUUUUGAAUACAGAAAUAAAAUCACAGGUACUUGGGGAGAAGUCGCCUAGAGCACGCAACUACAAGAAAACAGAAUGUUGACCAUUAGUUUGUAUAGCUUUUUAGCUAGGAAAAAAAAGGCUUUGGUACGGUAAGAUCUUUAUGAUUCUGACGCUCAAAUUGGGAAUGCUACCUGCUCGGUUGUUGCUGACUUGGUAUGAUUCAUUAGAAAUUUAUAUCUUAAGUACUCAAGUACUUCUUUAAUCUCUGUAUUUUACUAUAAAAUGUAUGUAAUGAUUUGUUUUAUGAAAUUUAGAACUUGAACAUUGCUGAAUUGGACCACUUUUUAUUUUUAAAUAUUGAGUUUAAAUAUUUUAUAACUGGUUUUGCACUGAAAAGAAGAAGAAAUAACAUUUCAGAUUGACAAGAAUAAUCUUUCUUCACUUGCCUCAAUAAUAUUAUUGAGCAAUGAAUUUUUUAUUUCCGCAUGGAAAGUUACUGAUCUCUAUGGCUGUAAAAUAUUUCUUUAUAGCGUUAUUAACAUGUGUCUUAAUAAAAUUAAAUUUGGGAUACAAAGUAUUUAUUUUACAAUAGGUGGGGGAUGGGGGAGCUUUUCCAGAAAGUUUCCAAUAUGAAGUUUUCAUAAGUUGAAAAAGUUUCCUUUGGGCUUAUUUUCUAAUUUAAAAUUCAUCUGAAACUUUAAAAUGGAAAGGAUUCUUUUAGUUGUGAAUUAUAGGCAUAAUACUGUUUGCAUCUGAAUGUUCUGUAAGUGAAUGGAACUUUAAUAGAGGAGCUCAUGAUUUCUACUAUUGAAUGCUUAAUCAAAGUAUGAAGUGAUACCAUUCAGCAUGGCAUUGGGUCAUCCAAUUUUAGUUUUUUUGCAGCACAAGCACUCAUUGAAAUUCCAGUUUCUAGGAUUAGUGUAGGAGCCUUAAGUGCUUCUACAGUUUUAAUGGGUUAAUCCUGGAUUACUUAACAAUUUAUGUCAAUUGCACUGGUUUAAUUUGUUGCUAAAGAAAUAUUGCCCUGGCUUUAGUAACAAAUACAGCUCAACUAUUCUUGAAUAUAUUUUGGAAAAAAAAGUAUGUAACUUACCUUUUGUAAAAGUUUCUAUUUCUUUUUUUGACUCUUGAAGGUGCAAUUUAUUACAGAAUUGGCAUUUCUGGCAGAAUAGAACUGCUUAUUUUAAAUUUUAUUUUGGGGGCUGGGAGUUUCUUAGGUGUUAGCACUCUUGCUUAUAAAAUAAGAACACCUUUUAAUUAAUGAGUGGACCAUUCCUGGUGCAGUUGUGACUUUUCUUUAGCCAGAAUGAAUGGUGAACCAUUUAAAGCAGAAUAAGUAUUAGAAAACCCUAGGAACUCUUAAUCAACAUUUAUUAUGCUUUCUCUGAGGCAACCAUGUGAAAGAACCUUGGUGAAGUUGGCCCACAGCUUACUGAGUUGAUCAAAUUUCUUGGUGGGCAGGAAAUUUUCAGCUGUUGAUACUUUAACGUAAAUUGCACCUUUGUAACAUAUUGUAUUGACGAAUGAUCACUAAGAUUAACUAUCUCUAUACAGUCAUUAGUUUGACAAGAAAUAGAAUCCUGUCAGAUGCCAAAGAGUUGGGAUUUUUACGUUUGAUGAUUAAACAUCGUUAUUUAUUGAUGAUUUACCCUGUGGAACUGUGUUAUUUCUAACUAUGAAAUAAAAGGGUGAUGUAAACACACAUUGUUGUGUGAUGCUUUAACGAGGUCUACCGUCAAUAGGCUGGUUACU